AGGACCCAUUCGGUUGGUGAAGCGCAUGCGCGAAGAUGCAAGACGGCGACGAAAAAUUGAUCGUUACAUGACGGGUUUUCUCGCGAUAUAUUGGGUAUAAACGUCGCACGAGGAGACACACGGCGACGUGCGAUGGCAGAAGAAGAGCAGGAGAGCAAGGUCAAGGGCUUCAGGCUGCUGGGGAUCCUGGACGUCCAGAACACCCCGUGUGCCAGAGACGCCGUCCUACACGGAGCCGGGGGCUCGAUAGCUGCCGGCCUGCUGCACUUCCUGGCCACGAGUCGGGUGAAGCGCUCCUUUGACGUGGGGUUUGCAGGCUUCAUGCUCACGACACUCGGGUCCUGGUUCUACUGCAGGAUGAGCAACGCCAAGCUUCGUGCGCAGCAGAGGAUGAUCCAGGACGGCAUCAAGAACAAGGUGGUCUACGAGGGGACCGUUCUGGACCCCUCAAACAAAUCCAGGACGGCAACGCCAUCGGGGCCCUCGUGACCUCCGGCGCUGAAGCUCCUGCCCUUCCUCUGGGAGGAGGAGGAGGAGGAGGAGGAGGAGGACUUUUGAAAAGACUCGGUUGCACAAAUGAUGGAAAGAACUGCAAUUCCAGUAUCCAGUUUGUUUUCUCAUUAUUUAUUUUGAGACGUAUGGACCUUUUUGAUUGAGGAGCAAGCUGUGCAGAGAGUUCAUCUCGACCCUGAAACAACACCAAAUGAUUUAAAUUUAAUAUUUUCUCAAUGUUUUUCCAGAUGUACCAGUUAAACUCUCACUCCUCCAAAAGCCCUGUGACGCACGACUCAUGCUGAGAAUUCACCUUGAUUGUUCUUAAAUGUGUGGAAAAUAAAUUGUACGCUGAUGAAAUAAUG